AUGGCCAUGAGUUCGUAUAUGGUGAACUCCAAGUAUGUGGACCCCAAGUUCCCUCCGUGCGAGGAAUAUUUGCAGGGCGGCUACCUAGGCGAGCAGGGCGCCGACUACUACGGCGGUGGCGUGCAGGGUGCAGACUUCCAGCCCCCGGGGCUCUACCCACGGCCCGACUUCGGUGAGCAGACCUUCGGAGGCGGUGGCCCUGGGCCCGGCUCCGCGCUGCCCACACGGGGUCACGGGCAAGAAGCCAGUGGCCCCGGCGGCCACUACGGAGCCCCAGGAGAGCCGUGCCCCGCGCCCCCUGCGCCCCCGCCCGCGCCCGUGCCCAGCGCCCGGGCCUGCAGCCAGCCGGGCGGCCCCAAGCAGCCGCCCCCCGGGACGGCACUCAAGCAGCCCGCUGUGGUCUACCCGUGGAUGAAGAAGGUGCACGUGAAUUCCGUGAACCCCAACUACACUGGCGGGGAGCCCAAGCGAUCCCGGACGGCCUACACCCGGCAGCAAGUCCUAGAACUGGAAAAGGAAUUUCAUUUUAACAGGUAUCUGACGCGGCGCCGUCGGAUUGAAAUUGCUCACACCCUGUGUCUGUCCGAGCGCCAGAUCAAGAUCUGGUUCCAGAACCGAAGGAUGAAGUGGAAAAAAGACCACAAGCUGCCCAACACCAAAGGCAGGUCCUCGUCGUCCUCCUCUUCCUCCUCCUCCUGCUCCUCCUCAGCUGCUCCCGGCCAACAUUUGCAGCCGCUGGCCAAGGACCACCACACGGACCUGACCACCUUAUAG